AUGAACUCCAUCAUCAACUUGGCAACUUGGUUCCUCUACAUGGCAUUUGUUCUAUCAAAGGUUAAAGAGUCACGUAGGACCAGGAAGAAGUUGCACUAUUUUUUCACCAUGUCCAUCUUUCGUCGCCGUGGAUCUUCUCACCAACAGCUAGAGCAGGAGCACCCUGAACUACAAUCUGAGUCCAAGGUCAAUGAGCUUAAAGCUGCUAUUGGACCACUUUCAGGGAGAAACUUACUGUAUUGCACUGAUGCAUGCUUGAGAAGAUAUUUGGAAGCUAGGAAUUGGAAUGUAGACAAAGCAAAAAAGAUGUUGGAAGAAACACUUGCCUGGAGAUCAACCUAUAAACCUGAAGAAAUUCGUUGGCCUGAAGUCGCAAUGGAGGGUGAAACAGGGAAAUUAUUCAGAGCAAAUUUUCAUGACCGAGUUGGAAGAACUGUUCUGAUAUUAAAACCAGGACUGCAGAAUACAAAAUCAAUGGAGAACCAGAUCAAACAUCUUGUAUACCUAAUGGAAAACGCGAUGCUUAAUCUUCCGGAAGGUCAAGAAGAAAUGGCAUGGUUGAUUGACUUUACUGGGUGGUCAUUCACCACCAAUGUUCCAGUUAGAACCGCUAGAGACACCAUCAAUAUACUACAAGACCAUUAUCCUCAAAGGCUAGCUGUCGCUUUUUUGUACACCCCUCCCCGCAUUUUUGAAGCUUUUUGGAAGAUUGUUAAGUAUUUCAUGGAUCCGAAAACAUUCCAGAAGGUGAAAUUUGUGUACCCAAAGAACAAAGAGAGUGUGGAGCUGAUGAGAUCGUAUUUUGAUAUGGAUAACCUCCCGACUGAGUUUGGUGGAAAAGCAACCAUGAAGUAUGACCAUGAGGAUUUUUCAAGGUUAAUGGCUCAAGAUGAUGUCAAAGCUGCUAAAUUUUGGGGUUUUGAUGAAAAGACUGGUUCUAUGUCUUCAAGCCAUGCUGUUGGAGCCACAGUUGCUCCAGAGCCAGCUUUGGCUUAGCAGCAUUCGGGCUGAACCAGUCAGCCCGGAUGUUAACUACCUUAUUAUAAUUGUAGUCGUGUGUGUAUCCGAGAUCAACUAUUAACCCCUUGAUUUUUAUAUUUGUGUAUGACAUUUGAUGGUUAUACUUCGUUGUGGAACCGAGUUUAUGAAAGAAGGCUUAAUUUUUGGCACCAAU